CAUGGCAACGCAUGUGAUGUCUAUUUUUCCAAACGGUUUGAGGACUAUUCAGUAUGUAUUGAAUAUUUGGACGAUGCGUUUCUAGAGUUGUGAUGUAGUGACCUUAAAAGCCUUUCAUCUAAUUUCCGGGAUAAUAUCCAAUUUGCAUUUUUUGACCUUCCGUGAGAUAAUGUGACAAACCGCAAAUCCUUUCUAAGUGUAUCAGUUAACAUCUAUUUAUGUGUAAUCUUCUGGCAAAUUGUAAACCUUCAUUUAAAGUAGACUUACAUCAAACUAAAUGUUAGUAUCAUCCUUUCCCCCACCGGGAUAGUGAUUGUUAUCUAGAUUUUUUGCUCCAGUUUUCCCUCUAACCCGUUUUCUGUUCUCCCGGAAAAGAUAGUUACAAAAGAACAUGUUUCGAUACACGCUGCCAAGUGGAACUAUUGUGUUUAGUGACUUGCCCCUCGGUAGAAAUACAGAAGGAUUACUAGCAGUUCCAGAGAAUGAAUUCCCGAUUGGGCCCUAUAUACAUCUUGUAUUCACAUUGAUCCUGUUUUUGUUCUUUCUCUUCUUCCGAUUGUUGAAGACUCAGAUCUCUCUAGCUGGUGGAUUUGGAACUUGGUGGAAUGAGAUACGUGGUAUACAACCUAGACCGGUACAUGUUGCCGAUGGAUCUCCGGAGUUCUAUGAUUGCUUUUGGCGUAGAUUUCGUCAGGAAAUUCGUCACGAACGUCGAAUAUGGAUGUAAUUUCGAACCCAGAAGGAAACAGAUAUGCAGAGAAAUGAGUUAAGCAUUGGAUUUCAAUAUUUUUUUAUGGUUCACUACACACAGACAAAAUUCACAAAUGUCGCUAAUACGCCGAAUUCUACAAAUAUAUAUUUUUGUAUCUAUCUAUGUUAAUUGAGAAUAAAUAAAUAUAUUUUGUAUCUUUCUUAA